CUCUCUCUCUCUGCAUCCACACACACAGGGGUCCCGAGCACACGAGCCGCAUAGGACAACAACAACAACGACGACAUCAUCAACAACAACAGCAGCAGCAGCACCACCAACCAACCACCAUCAUCUUUAUAACCAGCAGCGGCUUGUGUGGACUGUCUGUCUCGCGAUCCAGCGAAUGGAUUCAUUAAUUUAAUUGCUUCUGCGCCGUGGCCGUGGCUGCUGCUGUUGUUGUUUUCCCCUUCUCCUCCUCCUCUGCUCGCCGCUGGGAUUAAUGGCUCUGGCUCGGCUUUCAGGAGGCAGGAGGAGGAGGCGGCAGUAGCUUUGAGAAGGAAGAGGAGGAGGAAGAAGGCGAAGAUUGCUGCUUGCUGCUGUUGACGAGGAGGUUGGAGCAGCAUGACACUCAUGUCUCCUACGGGGUGACUUCUCCCUCCUCGAGGUGGCUGCUGUCCCCUUGAGCUCGACGUUCCUGUCAAAACUGUGCGCGGAGAAGACGACAAAGCCCCAAUCCCCAGGAGGAAUUUCCAUUCUGAGAGCGACCACCACCACCAGCAGCACCGGCACCGCCCCCCCCCCCCACCGCCACUCAAGAUGGGGCCGUCGCUCAGAUACGACGUGGACGCGCCAUCGUCCAGGCUGGCGGCAUUUUCACCGGCGCCGCUUCUGCUGCCGCUGACGCCGCCGCCGCUGACGCCACCGACCUCGUCUGACCUUGCUUGACCUCGAGGUCGACCCUCGUCAGGUCGACCGGCAGAUCCGCUGCACCCCACCCACCCCUCUCCCGCCCACUACUACGGCAGCCGCGACCAACUGCCCAGCCGCCCUCUCUUGCUGCCCCUCCACGGCUGCCCCCCCCCCCCCCUUAUUUUUUUUUGCCGUCUGCUGCCACCUACUGUCGCGCCUCUCUCCACUUCCGCCGCCACGUCGUUCACCUGAUCGUGUUUUCCGCCGCGACGGCACGGCCGAAGCCGGUUCCUGCGAUCGACGCUGCUGGGCGCCAUGGUCGGAGGGAAGAUGGUGGGGCCCCGGCCGAUGGAGGCCGACGCGCUGGCGGCCGUCCUGCGGCGGCGCGACUCGCGCUCGACGCUCAUCGUCGACAGUCGUCCCUUCGUGGAGUUCGCGUCGUCGCACAUCGUCGGCGCCGUCAACGUGGGCAGCUCGACGCUCGUGAAGCGCCGCCUGCAGCAGGACCGCGUGAGCGUACGGGAGCUGGUUCAGCACGCGGCGCAGGUGGACACGACGGAGUGCCGCAGCGUGGUGGUGUACGACCAGAGCACGCGCGACGUGCGCCGGCUUGCUCCCGACCACUUCGUGUGCGUGCUGCUCGCCAAGCUGGAGCGAACCUUCCCCGGCGUCGCCCUGCUCACGGGGGGCUUUGCUGCGUUCUCCGCGUGUUUCCCGGGGCUGGUGGAGGUGGCUCGGCCGCCCGCCCCCCUCCCCUCCAGCAUCUCCCAGCCGUGCCUCUCCUCCUCCUCCUCCUCCUGCAGCCUGGGCCCCACCUGCAUCCUGCCGCACCUCUACCUGGGCUCGCAGAGGGACGUGCUCGACCGGGGGCUGAUGCUGCAGACGGGCAUCGUGUACGUGCUCAACGCCAGCACGUCGUGCCCGCGCCCCGACUGGCUGCCCGAGAGCCGCUUCAUGCGCGUCCCCGUCAACGACGGCUACGGAGACAAGAUCCUGCCCUGGCUCGAGCCGUCCGUCUCCUUCAUCGAUCACGUGCGGGUGUCACAGUCGCGCGUCCUCGUCCACUGUCUCGCUGGGAUCUCGCGAUCGGCCACCGUGGCCAUCGCGUACGUCAUGCGGACCACGGGGCUAUCGUCCGACGAUGCUUACCGCUUCGUGAAGGAGAAGCGACCCUCCAUCUCGCCAAACUUCAACUUCCUGGGCCAGCUGCUGGAGUACGAGCGGGGCCUCCGUGGCUCGAAAUGGAGCGGCAUCUCCAUUCCCCAGAACUGCCUCGGCCCUGCGACGCCUCUGCCCGCCAUUAGCCACGAGCGAGAUCCAAACGACACGCCGGAGGACGCGCGCGCGACCGGGAGGGCCGCCGCCUCGCUGUGCAACGGCAGGGGACACUCCUCCUCCUCCUGCUCGUCCUCCUCCUGCUCGUCCUCCUCCUCUUCUUCGGAGGGCAGCGGCGGUGGCCGAGUGGGGCCCCCGGUCCUCAUGACGAGUCCGCCGCCUUCGCCCGAGCGCGUGCACAAGUACAGCCUCCUCAAGCGGUCGUUCUCGCUCAACCUGCGCUCCACCGUCUACCCGCCCGGCGGCGGCGGCGACUCGGCGCUGACGAUUCUCACGCCGACCGAGGACACGGCGCAGGCGCUGCGCGGGUUUUGCCUCCGCGAGAGCCCCGCCGGGGACGGCAGCGACGGGGAGGACGGAGGCGGUGUCGCGCGGCGGCCCAAGAAGAAGCUCUCGCCCGACGAAUCCACACCGGUGAGCCCAAUGGCCGUCUUUCCGCGCGGCCAAGCCAACGGCUACUGCGACGCCCCGUGGCUGCCCGUCUCCUGCGACGGCGUUGGGGCGGCGGGCGGCGUCGCGCCGGGCCUCUGGGACCACUACCGGCUGCUCUCUCCCAGCACUCCUUCGACGCCACCCAGCCCUUGGGAGAGCACCCCACCCCCCUUGCCGGGACCACCUCUUGAAUUCCCGCCGGGCGCUCCUACCUCUCCGUUCGUCGCUCCGUUCCCCGGUCCCCCACCCGACUCGUCGCACCGACCCGCGAAGGCGUCGCACCCGCGAUGCGCGCGGUCGCCCGCCGCCGAUGGCCGGCAGAGUUUGGAUUCCCCGCAGCUGCUGGUCCUCGGCAUGGCGUCGGUGUCGGCCAGCGGCGAGGACGGGAAGGAGAAGAAGCAGGAGAAAGUGGAGCCGCAGCCGCCGUUGUUGUUGAUGUGCGGUGGGGGGGCGGGGGCUGCGCCGGGUGGAGCGCGGCCCUCGGGAAGCUGCCGGCCCGAGGAGCCCCCCUCGGCACAACGCUGCGGGAGCGAAGCGCUGGAGCUCGAGGAGUCGGUCGUCGGCAGGGCGACGUCGGCGGACGGUGCCGAAGUGGGCGCGACGCCGGGCCCGAACGCUAACCCGAGCCUGCAUUCCAUUAGCAAGCAGUCAAGCCUGGAGGCCAUACAGGUACUGUGAGCAGGGUCACAAUUGGGAGAAGGGGGCAGCCCGCUCGCUCGCGAUGAGGCUUCAGAACACCAGAGUUACAAAUGGCCUGGAUUUGAGGCCUGAAGCGUGUUUUGUUCACUGCUGCCUGGUGGUAGUGACGGUGUUUGUUUAUAAGCCGUGGUGCUUAGCGGAUGGCACAGCAGAGUGAGCGGCGGAUCACAUAGACGGCGGGCAGCAGGCCGCGAGUCGGCCAUCUUCUUGAAAUGCACUCCGUGAAACCUGCCGAGUGCGUUGUGGUUUUUCUUUGAAAUAUGAUCUUGAGUGACCAGUUGCAAGGCUACUACCCUCCCACAAAUGUGUUCUGAAGUCCAAACAUCUGCAAUCCUGAGAAGAAAUAGAAGAAGAAUGAAAAAAAGGUUGACAAACGAUACUCUUCAUACCAAAAAAAUUGCUGGUUUGCAGGAGGGAAGCGCACUUAUUGCUGCAAAUGCAGGUGAUUUGCCUCCAGGUGUUCUGAAGACUCUACAGACUGGACUUGGCCUGGAACAACUGUAAGGAUUGAAACGGCUGCCCUCCUCUGAAUAAACUACAAAGACGUUCUGUCGGCCAAUCUCUGAGCAGCUGCCGUGGAAGUCCGCGUGAAACAUUUUAUUUAUUUUUAAACAUUUUUUUCCCAGGACAGAUGUGAGACUCUGCCUGUGUGGUGUCUAUGUGCAUGGUGAUACUUUGGCGGAUUAGGCAUCGUGUUUGCGUGUGUGUGUACCUUACCGUGGGUUUGCGCGCGUGUGUACAUAGGGUAUGUGUGCGUGAGAGAGAGGGUGAGUCUCUGUGCGUGCUUGUGUGUGUGCGCGUACUUGCGCAUGCCUGACUACCUAACUGCAUGUGCGCGUGUGCGUGCCCGUGUCUCUGUGUGUAUACCCGUGUACAUGCUUGUUCACGCACGUACGUUUUUGCAUGCAUCUGUGCAUGUACGUGCGUGUCCCUGUAUGUAUGUGCAUGCACAUAACUGAAGCGGGGCUUGCAUGCACACUUACGGAUGUGUGAGCGUGGGUAUGAAUGCGUGUGCGUGCGGGUAGAGAUGUUUGAAGGUGUGUGAGUGUGCACGUGUUAAAGUGUGUGUGUGUCUCCUCUCCAAAGCUUUAUGUGAUAAUUCAUCUGAUGAUUAUAAUUAAUGUCUACGAGAGGAUCAACAACAAUUUGUGUUAUUAAGGUGAUUAUUUAUGAACACUCCUGAAGCACUUAUGACACAAUUCUUCUCUUAAUCUGGAAUUUGGAUUUAAGGGAUUUAAAUUAUAAUUUAUUUACGUUGUUUCACUUUAUAAUUUAUAUCGGUCGUAAAACUGUAGGUCUCUGGGAACUUCUGUAUAGUUUUCAGUUUUCGCUUCUUUGUACAAACUAUCGUGUGUAUUUCGUAUACAUACACACACACAAUGGCGAAGACGUUUUAAGAAUGUGACACGUAAAAAACUCGCUCUGACCUAAAUAAUGAGCUUAUUUGAAACCCCAAAUCCUUGGGCAAAAAGGUGGGCUGUAUUAAAAACAUCCGCAGUCCUUUGGAGUUUGUAGAAAAUGUCAAUGUCCUUUUCUCAAAGCCCCUUGGAUGUAGAAGUAAAAAUGCCCAAGCAACUCCUCUGAGCCUUGGCCACGUGCAACUGUAACUGUGAAUAUUACGACAAGAUGAAGAUGUUUUGUCUUAUCAAAUGCCACGAUCGUAGCAGCAAUUGCAGCAACGUGACUGAACUUACACGUUAAUCUGUUUGGGCUGUGGUAUUUACUGCAUAGAAGGCAUUUGUGGUCAGAAGGAGUUACAGAUAACAAACUGUGGAUGUAAGGACUCUCUUACAUUGUGUGUGUGUGUAUAUUUACACAAACGUUGUGUUUUCCAUGACUGGGUAGCCAUUGAUGUUAUAAGGCCUGGAGCUUGGCAGAACACACUGGAGACAAGGGCCUAGCGGAUCUGAGGUUCGUUAGCCCAGGGACAUGAGCUGCUGGGAGAUUAAAAGCGCCGUUCUGCCCCGGCCUAAUCUCCAGGCCUGACCCAAGCCUUGAUCGAACCCCUGCCACUGAUUAGGCUGGGUCAGCAAGGGAUUUGGGGCAGGCAGGGCCCACAUUUAAAAAUCAGAAGGUUCCCAUGAAAACAAAGUUUGUUUAAUUACAUUUUUAUGCUAAUUAUAUCGCCAAUCUAUCGCGUAAAUAUGUAACCGCCACCCAACACGUAAACAGAACGUGGCCAAUUCGAGAACCAGUACAGCACACCGGUGUGUUGGAGAGCCAAGCCACAACAUUUACAAUCUGAGUACGACGUUUUGCCAGUAAUUACAACUCGCUUCAUCAGGCGACAGCCAGAUUUGUGGAGAAGUAUAACCCUUACUAGUUGGCUGUGUCGGGUGGUGGUGGGUUUUAACGACACAUAUUUACGCGAUCUAACCCAAAAAACCUCUAUUACGGAUUAUAUUGGUCGCGAAAGCCUACUGCGUGUUAAACUAAAUCGCCAAUGUUACCUUCUAAAAUCCCUGUUUUAUUAUCCAGUUUUUGUUUUGUUUCCUCAUCUGACAUAGGAUCCACCGUCCUGCCUCCUGAGGCAUGCGUCCCGGGGGGUAGAGAUAGCUAAAGUCACGUAGGU